AUGUGGCAGCCGCCGCAGCUUUCAAUUCCAAACGAAGACAGAAUCAGUGCUUUGCCGGACUCACUUCUUUAUCAUGUUCUUUCCUUUCUUACUACUAAAGACAGUGCCGCCACAAGCAUUCUCUCGAAGAAGUGGAAACCACUCUGGCUCUCACAACUCAUCCUCCGCUUCGAUGACCAACCCUUUCAAGAGGCUUUAACCUUUUCCAAUUUUGUCAACUCCGUCAUUGCCAAUCGAGAUAAAACCCUACCCAUCCGCUCGUUCCACCUUAAGUGCUGCUUUCUUAAUAGAGAUAUCCAUGAUUUUCUUUAUACUGCUGUAAAAAGCGGAGUUGAAAACCUCACCAUUGAUCUCUGCAACUCAGGAUACUCCAUAAUGACAUUGCCUUCUUUCAUUCUUAGUACUAAAACCUUGUCAGUCCUCAAAUUGAAUAGGAUCACAUUGAAUGAAAUCCCAUACUUUUAUCUUCCCUCACUCAAAGUCCUUCACUUGAAUAUCGUCAAAUUCACAUAUUAUGAAUAUCUCUUGAAGCUUUUAUCUGGCUGCCCGAUUCUACAAGAUUUGGAAACCGAUUGUUUAAGCGUAUAUUCACCUUAUUCAAAAGAAGAGAGGCAAAUUAUAAGUUUAUCCAAUUUGAUCACAGCAAAUAUUUGUAAUGUUUUUAUUCCUACAGAGUUUGAUUGGUUUCACAACGUGGAGCGUUUGCGUGUUGAGCUUAUGGUUGAUGAGAAGGUUCCCAAUACACUUGACAACAUUGUCAUGUUUCACAAUUUAACCUACAUGGAGCUUAUCUUCCGUGCUCAAAAUCCUCUAUUGAUAUUUAAGUGUCUCAUGAAGUUGCUUCAAUAUUGUCCCAAACUUCAAAUUCUUAUCAUUGACAAGGUUAUUACACCAAGAGAAUAUUUCCAUGACAAAGAUUGGGAGGAACAAGAAAUUGUUCCAAAAUGCCUUUUAUCCUAUCUAUCAACAUGCUCACUUAGAAAUUAUUGGGGCAUCACUUGUGAGCUUCACUUUGCAAAAUAUAUUAUGAAGAAUUCAAGAGUACUUAGCGCCAUGAAAAUUCAGAGUGCCAAAUUCCUAGAUACAACUACAAAGCUCCAAAUGAAAAAGGAAUUAUCUUUGUGCCUAAAGAAUUCAACCACAUGUAAACUUUUAUUUAUUUGA